AUGUCGGUGGUGAUCAGUCACUUUCACAAUGAUCACAUUGCUGGCACUGAAGUUUUUUCCAAAGGGGGGGCCACGAUUGUCGGACACGAAAUCACGGCCCGGACAGUGAAGAGGAAUACGCAGGAUCUUGCUGCUGAUAGCCCAGCCAUUGUUGCUGUGCCCCCUACGGAACUCUACAGUGGGAAGAAGGAGAUGAAGGUGGGCAACCUCUCUGUUGAAUUGCACAACUUUCAAGUUCACACUCCUGAUGGAACUAUUCUUUACAUCCCUUCGAAGCAACUGAUCUUCGCCGGUGAUACCGUGGAGGAUACGGCGACCUUCAUCGCUGAUGCCAAGAGCUUGCCAAUGCAUCAGAAAGAGCUUCAAAGAAUGGCGACUUUCCCCAUCUCGAAGAUCCUGCCUGCACAUGGAGAGCCAAACAGGAUUGCCACAGGUGGCUACAACUCAACUUUCAUCAACGCAACGCUUCGGUACAUUGCUGCGAUGACAGAGGAUGUGCCCGAGCCAGCAGCUUGGGACCAACCUUUGUCUCAGGCGGGGGACUUGAUAUACUUCGCUCAAUACGAGGAAGUGCAUCAGAGCAACGCAGAUACCAUUCGGAGAAGCCGUGGGAGAGGCAAUAAUAAUUGA